GUCCUACUCUCGGGAGAGAGAGAGAGAGAGGGAGGCUACGGAAAGGCCAAGGAAGGGGAAUGGGGAACUGCGUUUGGCCUUCCUCAAGAUCUGCAAGUCCUGCAGAUACCACACCAACCAGUCCAGGGCGGUCGACACCCAAGACGGGCAGUAGCACCACAACCACCGGGAAGCUGUCGAGCCCCAGCAGCAGCAGCACCUUCGGGCAGUCCACCGGCAGCAGCAGCGCGAGCAUUGAUGAGGUGUUUCCCGAUGGCCGGAUCCUGGAGGCGCCCAACCUCCGGAUCUUUUCCUUCGCCGAGCUGAGGACCGCCACCAGGAACUUCAAGCCGGAGAUGGUUCUCGGAGAAGGCGGAUUCGGGAAGGUGUACAAGGGGUGCGUGGAGGAGAAGACCCUGAACCCUGCCAAGAGCGGCGUGGGGAUUGUGGUCGCCGUGAAGAAGCUGAACCCCGAGAGCAUGCAAGGGCUGGAGGAAUGGCAGUCUGAAGUAAAUUUCCUGGGGAGGCUGUCACACCCAAACCUCGUCAAGCUGAUGGGGUACUGCUGGGAGAAGGAGCUCCUCCUCGUGUACGAAUACAUGCCCAAGGGAAGCUUGGAGAACCACCUCUUCCGAAGAGGAGCAGCGUUUGAGCCACUCUCUUGGAGCAUAAGGCUAAAGAUCGCCAUUGGAGCAGCUCGAGGCCUCGCGUUCCUGCACUCUUCGGAGAAGCAGGUCAUCUACCGCGACUUCAAGGCCUCCAACAUCCUCCUCGACGCGAACUACAACGCCAAGCUCUCCGAUUUCGGCCUCGCGAAGCAUGGCCCGACCGGCAGUGACUCACAUGUCACCACGCGCGUCAUGGGAACCUACGGCUAUGCGGCACCGGAGUACGUCGCCACUGGUCAUCUGUAUGUGAAGAGCGACGUGUAUGGAUUCGGAGUCGUGCUGCUGGAGACGCUCUCCGGCCAGAGAACACUGGACCCCAACCGGCCGAGCGGGCAGCACAACUUGGUGGACUGGGCAAGGCCGAUGCUGGCCGACCGGAGGAAGCUGGCGCGACUGAUGGACCCGCGGCUGGAGGGGCAGUACUCCUCUAAGGGGGCUCUGCAAGCGGCGCAGCUCACCCUGCGAUGCCUCGCGGGCGACCCGAAGAGCCGCCCGUCCAUGAAGGAAGUGGUGGAGACGCUGGAGCACGUCGAGGCAAUAAAGAGGGGGUCGAGAGAGCCCAGAAACACCCCCCAGCGGUCGGUUGCGGCCGAGGCUCCCUGCCGCGCCCAUGGCCGGGCCGCUCCGCCGCUGCACCCCGGCGGCGGCGCUGCUCGGCAGCCCCACAGCGCGAGAUGACGAUGAUGAGUGGAUAGCUUCUGCUGCUUGUAAAGGUUAGUCUUGUUAUUGUGAGUCGUAACCAUAGAUUGUGUUCAGGAAGUCGAUGAUCAAAUGGAAGGCGUUUGUCAUCUCUGAUGUAUCAUAGGAACAAAUAAAUGGGAUUAUGGAGCCAUUAGAUUGA